GCCUAUUCAAGAGGGCUAUUAUGGAGAGCGGCGCCCAUAUGUAUAACAAGGAGAGGGAUAUCGUUAGUAAAGACGAGUCAAUACUUUUAGGCAAACGGAUAGCAAAAGAGCAGAAUUGCAGCGAAAGUGACGAUUGGUUGCAAUGUUUGCGAGGAUUAGACGCAAAGGUGUUCAGCAAAUACGGAGUUGAUAUAAACGAUGUCGAUAUAAUGGCAGGCAUUGCCAGUACUGAGGGCUCACUGUUAUCACAUCCUUACGUCAAAAAUAUGUUGACUUUAAAUAACUUUAUUGAGUCCACAAAAACAUCGGACAGUGUUUACCACGGAUUGGAUGUGAAACGUGUGGACGACUAUUAUCUACAAAAUGUUGACAAAAACAGUUCACUUGAGCUCAAGAAAGCGUUUUAUGAAUUGUUUGGCGAUUUAAUGAUGAAAUGUCCGACAUAUCUGUUUGCCAAACAAAUGGCCACAGAUGCACAACCUGGUCAUAAUGUAUAUUUCUACCAGGUCACUUAUCAAAACAAAUAUUUUGCUCAUCUCGAGGGUUGCAAUGGAGAGGGUAUGGGUGUCUGUCAUUGCGCUGAAUUGGCAUUUGUCUACGGGUUUCCGUAUUUAAUACCCGACGCUUAUAGCGAUAUCGACGCUAUAUUUAGCGCAGAUUUAAUGAAAAUGUGGACUAAUUUUGCUAAAUAUGGCAAACCAACCGUAAGCGAAGAGUGGCCACAAUUAUUGAGUGGAAAUACAAUUAAUGUGAAAAACCUGAACCCAAACCCAAAACCCAAUGUAUUUAUCAAUCCAUACGACACUACAUGUGAUGGCCUUUGGAAA